AUGGACUCCCUAUAUAACUGGAAUGACUCCACGAAGAUUGGGGUUGCCCUGACCGGGCUUGGAGCGUUUUUCACCUUCCUUGGCGUUAUUAUGCUCCUAGACAGUGCGCUACUGACAAUGGGGAACAUUCUCUUCGUUGCCGGGGUUGCGUUGGUGAUGGGCCCUAGACGGUUUCAAUCAUUCUUUCUCUCCCGCCGCCGGGCCUCCGGGUGCUUUUUCGUGGGAAUGCUGCUCAUCAUCAUGGGCUUCUGUUUCGUUGGUCUGUUGCUCCAGGGCUUUGGCGCGUUAAACCUCUUUGGCAACUUUUUUCCAAUGGUAGCGCGUGUAUUGGAGUCGGUGCCCCUUUUGGGUCCAGUAAUGCUUUCGACACCGGUUCAGCAGCUCUUGACAUGGCUAGGACUACAGGGCCACCGCAGUCGAAACGUUUGA